AUGAUGAGCAACAAAGAACAAGUUGAGAGUCAAUCAAGUACCAUCACAAAUGUGCCAACUACUCCUACAAUAGUAGUUUCUCCUAAAGUAGCACCUUUGAUCACUCCUGGAGGAACAAAAGAAUGGCAUCCAAUAUGCCCCAAUGAGUUGAAACCAGCUAUAGGGAUGAAGUUUAAUAAUCUUGAAAAGGGCCUUGAAUUUUAUAAAGGCUGUUCAUUUGCUUCUGGCUUCAAUACAAGGAAGUCUACAACUAAAAGACAAAGAAGAAGCAAAGAAUUAAAAUAUCAGUAUAUCUUGUGCAAUAAGGAAGGAUACAAAGAGAAAAGAAAGACUACUAUAGAAAAAGAUUUAAAUAACAAGGAAGGGGAAAACAAUGAAGAAAAAUCUUCAAUCAAAAGGAAGAGACUCGUUACUCGUGUUGGGUGCAAGAUGAAUAUUGGUCCCGUUACAACUUUUCGAUUGAUGAAGGAAAUUGUUGGAGGAUAUGAAAACAUUGGUUCAUCUAAGGAAGAUUUCAAAAAUUUCCAUAGAGAUUUAAAAGCAUACAUUCAAGGAAGUGAUGCUCAAAUGUUCGUGAAUAACUUUACCAACAAAAAGCUGAUGUGGAGCGCUUUUUUCUUUGAUUUUGAGAUGGAUGAAGAUUAUUGCCUUUGUAGAGCAUUGUGGGCAGACCCCCUUUGUAAAAAGAGUUAUGCUCUAUUUAGUGAUAUGGUAUCCUUUGAUACCACAUACCAAACCAACAGGUACAACAUGGUGUUUACUCCAUUUACAGGCGUUGACCAUCAUAAGAAUUGCAUUAAUUUUGCUGCUGGUUUCAUAGCAAAGGAAGAUAUCGUGUCAUUUGAAUGGCUGUUCAGAUCAUUCCUCAAGGCAAUGGGUGGGAAUGAACCUAAUUGUAUGAUCACAUAUCAGGAUCAAGCAAUGAAAAUUGCUAUUAGAAGUGUGUUUAAGAAGACUGAACAUCAGUUCUGUAUGUGGCACAUAAUGAAAAAGUUACUAGAUAAGGUGGAGAAAUCAAUCAUGCAAGAAGAAACUGGUUUCCUAAAAAAAUUAUGUGCUUGCGUUUGGCACCUUGAAAUUGAACCUGCUGAGUUUGAAGAAAGGUGGAACAAGGUGAUGAUUGAAUACCACUUGGAACAACAUGAAUGGUUAGGUUAUAUGUACAAGAUAAGAGACAAGUGGAUUCCGGCCUAUUUCAGAGAUGUGUUCCUUGGAGGAAUAAUGCGUACAACAUCAAGAUCCGAAAGUGAAAACAACUUUUUCUGCUCCUUUACCAAUCCUCAUGUGUCACUUGUUGAGUUUUACUUGAGAUAUGAAGCUGCAAUUGAUGCCCAGAGACACACUCAAGGUCAGAAUGAUAAUGAUUCAAAGCACAAAUAUCCUGAGUGCAAAACACCACUAGGGAUAGAAAAGCAUGCCUCACAUUUAUAUACUAACUCUGUCUUUUAUGAAUUUCAAUACGAGAAAGAAAAUGAAUUGGAAUUAGCAACAGUAAGUGAAGGAAAUCGGACUAGAACAUUUGAUGUUGUGUUUAAUCCAACUAACUAUGACACCACAUGUUCUUGCAAGCUAUUUCAUAGGCAAGGAAUUCCAUGUAGACAUAUGAUUUGGGUUUGGAAAGAAAAAAGGUUUGAAACCAUUCCCGAGCAGUAUAUGCUACACAGGUGGACUACUAUGGCAUUAAAGAAACCAAUUUUUGACUUGGGAGGAAACCUGUUGCAGCAAUGUGCUAAUAUAAUAGACAAGAAAAAAUUGUUAAAUGAUUUAUGGUCAGAGAUACACACUUGUGUAAGUUUGGCAGAAGGCAAAGAUGAAGAUAAUCAAGACCUUGUGAUAAAUCUUUAA